AUUGUGUGAUCGUAGAUGUUCGCGAAAGUAAAUCUCGAUAUCCUUCCACAUUUGCCGAUUAACUGGAAAAAUUGGAGGAAGCAGAUGGCAAAUCAAAAAAAAUUAAAAGGCAUGAACAAAUAUCAAAAGAAAGCACAUCGUCGGGGUGAAGACCGGUUGCGCGGUAACGAGGUCGAAUACUACCUCUCUCUCGCGUAUUCUUCCAACCCGGAUGAUCGCGUCGAGGCAAUGGACAAUCUCUGUCCCUGUCACGUUCGGAAAAGCAUUGACAAAGUGUGGGUGGCACUGUACAAAGGGUUGGUCGAUCCCGACGUGCGCGUCCGCAAAGCCGCGUGGCAUACACUGGAUGAUGGCGGAAAUCCGAACGAUCCAAGACUGCAACCGCUCCUUGAAAGAAUCGCCAAAGAGGAAACCGAUCAGAAGCUUCGCCAAAAUGCACUUGACCUCAUUGCCGCUACCCGAAACGUUGAGGAUCAGAAGGAAGUGCUGUUGGGACAGAAAGCGCACACCUUUUCUGGACGAUGCGAUUGGUGUGGCGCGUCAAACGUGCCAGUCAGUUAUGAUUACGAGACCGAGUUUGAGACAAACGGCACCAAACGUUUCGCCUUAGUCUGUGAGGCGUGUGAAGCCGUAUAAGGGUUCGAGACUUAACGAAUCAGUCGUAAAAAAUUAGUACAUAGUUUCUCUUUUUUUGGCUCUUGAGAAGAAAAAAUGAAGAAAAUUG